AUGGAUUUAAACGAUCUUAAGAGCACAGUCUCCAACCUGACCUUGUACGAUCUCAAGGCAGGUUUCCGUAAAGCCCAAAAUGCGGUAAUGAAUUACACGGAAAUGGAAUCAAAGGUCAGAGAAGCCACAAAUAAUGAACCUUGGGGCGCUUCGUCAACAUUGAUGCAAGAAAUUGCCAAUGGCACCUUCAACUACCAAACCCUCAACGAAAUCAUGCCAAUGAUCUAUCGACGAUUCACGGAAAAAUCCGCGGAGGAGUGGCGACAAAUCUACAAGGCUCUGCAGCUUCUCGAGUUCCUCAUCAAGCAUGGCUCCGAACGGGUUAUCGACGAUGCGCGGGGUCACAUUACGCUCCUCAAGAUGCUACGGCAAUUCCACUUCAUCGAUCAAAACGGCAAGGACCAAGGUCUCAACGUACGGAAUCGAGCCAAAGAACUGGCGGAGCUUCUGAGCGACGUCGAGCGUAUCCGGUCCGAGCGCAAAAAGGCGCGUGCUACAAAGAACAAGUACACCGGCGUUGAAGGCGGCAUAACCUUUGGGGGCGGUUUCUCUGGUGGCAGCGGCAGCAGGUAUGGUGGAUUCGGGAGUGAAUCAGCAAACUAUGGCGGUUACUCGGGCGGUGUCUACGGAGAUGGCGGCGGCUUUGGUGGCCAGCAGGAUGGCUACCGUGAAUCUGGCGGUGGUGGCAGUGGUGGUGCCGGCCGGUCUGAUAGAUUUGAGGAGUAUGACGAGUUUGACGAAGACGACAGACCGUCAAGAUCUACACGCAAGGCCGAGCGCACGUCCGCCAGGAAACCGGCAGCCGAGCCACCAAAAAAGAAGGAGCCUGAGGUUGAUUUGUUUUCUUUUGAUGACCCAGUCCAGAGCUCAGCCUCUGCUGGACCGGCCCCAACACAAACCUCAGGUCUGGCCGACUUGGCUGGACCAUCCAGCGCUGCCGCCGACGACGACGAUGAGUUUGACGAUUUCCAGUCCGCGGCACCCGCAACCCAGCCAACUGCCCAACCCCUGGCUGCGCCUCUCACUUCGACGGCUACCUCGACGGCUCAAUUCGCGGCACCGAAACCAGUCUCGGCACCUCAGACGGCCAACCUGAACCAGAUGGUCAACACCUCAUCCAUAUCACCCGCACCCAGCUCCAAUGCUAACUCUGGCGUCAACUAUUCUUCCUUCGCGACACCAACAGCUCAAGCUCAGCCACCUAAACCCACAGGCUUCCAACCGUCUGGUCCCAACUACUUCGGCGGCGUGCAGGCACAAGCAUCCAACCCUGCUCCAUCCAACAUGUCAGCCAUGAGCAGCAUGGUGCCCAGUGGCCCAACAACCAUGGCGAAUAUGAAACCUGUAACCAGCCCAGGUGCUAAACCAGCUGCAGCUGCAGGUGGCGAUGCCUUUGGUGCUCUGUGGGGAAAGGCUAGCGCCGGCAUCAAGAAGACGGACAAGACCACUGGCGGGCCUGCCAUGGGUCAGCUUGCCAAGGAGAAGAGCAGUGCUGGUAUCUGGGGAGCACCGGCCGCAUCCUCUCAGGCGGGCGCCUCCAUGAGCAACAACGGAUCAGCAUCUGGCGAUCUACUGGGCUAA